AUGUCAUCCAUUCUUGAUGUCGUGGCUGGCGUGCUGCCUGGCCACCUUGCGCUUCGCCAGUGCCGGGACUCCGAACAUGCUUCCAAGUCUACUGUGCAGCCGCAGAGUGGGGUUGCACAACGAGCGGUAGUCAGAUCUCUUGGCAUGGGAAAUGGGGAGGAUCUACCGCCACGAUUUGGUCGAUGGCGAAGUCCGGGAGGCCUUACUCCAAGGUUUGAUGUAUGCCACACAAACUGCACGGGCCAAGCACAGCCGCAGGUGUCAUGCGAGUGGCUGGACGACUGCUACGAGAAAGGCAUCAUGACGCCUAGGGCCCAGAGCAAACGCCAGGGAGAUUGCCUUGCCGGCUUGCUCAGUGAUGGCAGGACGAGGCCCUCCGGCGCCGCCAGGAGAAGUUGGAUGCACUGCAGAACGAGUCUGCAAUGCUGGCAAAGCAGAUGCAGGCGCAUCCUUCGCCGGAUGCUUGGUGCUGGCGACCCGCAAAGGGCUCCCAGCACACGAAUGGUGCGUCGCUUCAAGGCAGGGCCCGGAGUUCAAAGGGCGUUGAAGGACGAGCCAAGAGGCGUGACGGUGCUGAUGCUGCUCUUCGAAGCCUGCCAAGAGCAGGCAUGGAUCUUGACUUUGGAGUCGGUGCCUGCUGUGAUUUUCAUGCCUGUCGGCUUGGAAAACAGUGCUUCAUUUGCCGGGGCAUGUGGCUGGUGGCUUGCGGGACCGCGCAAGGCAGCGCUUCUCGCUGGGACUGGCGCAGAGAGGAGGCUCGCUCCGUGA